AUGGUUAAUAAGCGUAUAACUGUUGUCGGUAUUACUGGAAAUCAGGGCGGCUCUGUUGCCGAUGCUUUCCUAAACCAACCAGGAUGGGACGUGCGAGGCAUCAGUCGCGACAAAAGUAGUACCGCUAGUCUUGACUGGGUCCAGAAAGGCGUCGAUAUGGUGCAAGCUGAUCUUGACGACGUUGAGAGUCUGAAAGCGGCUUUCAGUGGCUCGACUGCUAUUUUUGGUGUCACCGAUUUCUGGCAACACGUCAAGAACCCAAGCAAUCUUCAGAAAGCCCACGAGACAGGCAAAACCAUCAACGUCGUUGCAUAUGACAUCGAGGUGCAGCAAGGAAAGAAUAUCGUCGAUGCUGCACAGGCAACCAGUGCGUCGUUGGAAACAUUGAUCCUCAGUGUACUCUCAGAAAGCAAGAAGUACUCUGAAGGACGCAUCACGUGGAACUAUCAUUUUGACGGAAAGUGGGAGUUCGUCAAGUACCUGCAGACGGCGUACCCUGAACUGUGCGCAAAGACUUCGUUGUAUCAGGCUGGAUUCUUUAUUUCGAAUCUGGAAACUGCCAUGGCGCCGAAGAAGCUUGGACAGAAGAUUGUUUUCCAGCGGAGUACAGUCGAAGCCAUAGAUAAGAUCAUCCCAGGAGGCGUUGGUAGGGAGAUUGGCGAGAUGCUUGAGUACAUGAGUGACCCUGGCUAUUUUGGCGGCGAACAAGCAGUACGAGACUUAGGACUCAUCAAGCCGGAGGCGAUAGGCGUGUCUGGUCUGACCGACGUUCGCAAGCACCUACAAGAGUUAAAGGUGUAG